AUGGAAGCAGAUAACCUCUUGGGAGGGCAGAUCCCAAGAGAGGAAAUAAUAGAUCAGAAUGAACCUUCUAAAGAAAAUACCCAGAUGGUGAUUGCUGACACCUUGGCUAGUAAGGAAGAUUCCAAUGAAGAGGAUCAAAAGGACAAGGAUAUUAAGGAAGUGGAGCAAUGUAAGGAAGGGGAGAUUACUGGAUCACAAGAAGAAAAGGCUGACUCUUCACCUCUCACAAACAGUUCUAAUUUUCAAGAGGCCCAUAAAUGUGCUAUCUUGGGUUUGAGUCUUUCUGAUUCAGAUCAUGCCUAUAAAAUAGUUAAUAACUCUUCACAUGAAUCCAGAUCACCUAUAUGGGGUAAUGAAGAGGAAAUUCAUAGAAUCCUUAGCGAUCUUGAAGCGGUUUUUGAGAAAGAAGCCGAGUGGAAAAUUCCAAAACAUAGGAACAAGAAAGGAUCCACUCCCUCUGCUUCCCAAAUAAUGAAGUCUAAUAGAAUUGCUCAAAAAAGGAAAAAGCAGAAAAGGCAGGGCAAUUCCGAGUUGGAGUCAGAGGGCAAAGUGCAGAGUAAGGAUCCUGAUGAGGACCAAAAAGUUGAGGAGAUUACGGGGGAUGGUUUCAAUCAGAGUGGUGGUGGAGAUGCCGAUCAGAUUACUGGUGGAGAUGCUCCCAAAACUGAUCAUGCCAAGGCUGGUGAAAAAAUCCCCCCUUCAAACCCUUUUGUCGAGGGUUUGAAGGGGUUUGUGGACACCCUCAACUGGUUCAUAAAUAGUCACAAGAAAGUUGUGGAGGAAAACAAGAAACUAAGUUAUAGGGUUCAAAUUCUGGAGACAAUCAACAUUGGUGAAGGUAAAUCCAUGGUUGAGUAUGUUGAUGAUUUAAGAAAAACUAUGGCUAGAGCUGAAGAGAUUAGGGACGCCUUCAACCCAAGGUUUGAGCAAGUGGAGAUGGCCCUGGACGAUAUAAAAACCAAUGACAAUGCUACAAACAAGAGAAUGCUAGAGGCUGGUGGUAAAAGAGAGGGAGAUCAAGAUGGUGAUGAUGAGGAGGAUGGAGAGGACAAGGGUGAGGAGGGCAAGGAGGAUGAGGAGGACGAGGAGGACGAGGACAAGGAGAAGGAUGGGGAGGAUGAGUCUGAUGCAGUUCCUCAUCACUCUGGAGAUGAUACCAUAGCCCUAGAUCUACCAAGCAUUCCAUCACGAGGGGAGAAAGACCCUAUAAGGGGUCCUCAUUCUAGUCCCCACUAUCCCAUGUCCACUGUUCAGAGGCAUUAUGAGCGCGAAGAGCCUAGCGGGUCCCAGUCACAGGAGUUGGCAUCCAAGAGUGGUGCUCCCUUAUACAGAAUGCAGUGA